GGCGUCGGGUGUUUUGGUUUGGCUUUUUUUUUUUUUUUUUCCGCGAAAGAAGUUUGCUUUGGCCACGCCUCAAGGCGGCCGCCUCCUCCUGCCCCCCUCCCCCGCCCCUUUGAGCACACCUCUUGGUGCAGAUUGCAAAGCGCCUUCGGUGGAGAGAGCUGCAGAUAUUGCAAGAGCCAGGCUCGCCCACCUGGUGAAGAAGCGCCUAAUAUUCCCUUGAACCUUCGUUGCAAAGAGCCGAUCGCCUGAUUUGAUCACCCCCUCACCCAAGACUGCAUGAUAUACGGGGACCCUCUUGAGUUGCACGUUUCUGCGCGGAGGACUCCAAAUCCCCGUCGCUCCCAGGACUGGCGGUGUGCUGAUACUGGAGGUUUGCAAGAUCCGCUCGCCCGGCCCUGGGCAAACACUCGCCAGAACCACAGAAGUGUACCGCUGACCGACCGGCCAGCCCUUCGCUGCUCCAUGUACCCGUGAGCCGGCGGGCAGGUGCCCGACCAUGGCGCGGCCCGUGAGCGACAGGACCCCGGCCCCCCUGCUGCUGGGCGGCCCCGCCGGGGCCCCCCCUGGAGGAGGGGCGCUGCUUGGGCUGCGGAGCCUGCUGCAGGGGACCAGCAAGCCCAAAGAGCCAGCCAGCUGUCUCCUGAAGGAAAAGGAGCGCAAGGCGGCUCCGCCCGCAGCCACGGUCUCCGGGCCGGGCCUGGAGACGGCGGGCCCCGCGGAUGCCCCAGCUGGGGCGGUGGUGGGCGGCGGGUCCCCGCGGGGGCGCCCAGGGGCCGCGCCCGGCCCGGCUCUGUUGGCGCCGCUGCUGUGGGAGCGGACGCUGCCUUUCGGCGACGUGGAGUACGUGGACCUGGACGCCUUCCUGCUGGAGCACGGGCUCCCGCCCAGCCCGCCGCCCCCCGGCGGCCCGUCACCGGCGCCCUCGCCCGUGCGCACGCCCGCACCCUCCCCGGGGCCCGGCUCCUGCAGCUCGGCUUCCCCCCGCUCCUCGCCGGGGCACGCCCCGGCUCGGGCUGCCCUCGGGGCCGCCGGCGGCCACCGCGCAGGCCUGACCUCUCGGGACACACCCAGCCCUGUGGACCCAGACACGGUGGAGGUGCUGAUGACCUUUGAACCCGACCCAGCUGAUUUAGCCCUGUCAAGCAUUCCAGGCCAUGAGACCUUUGACCCUCGGAGACAUCGCUUCUCAGAGGAGGAACUUAAACCCCAGCCCAUCAUGAAGAAGGCUAGGAAGAUCCAGGUGCCAGAGGAGCAGAAGGACGAGAAGUAUUGGAGCCGGCGGUACAAGAAUAACGAGGCAGCCAAGCGGUCCCGAGAUGCCCGGCGACUCAAGGAAAACCAGAUAUCCGUCCGGGCGGCCUUCCUGGAGAAGGAGAAUGCCCUGCUGCGGCAGGAGGUGGUGGCUGUGCGCCAGGAACUGUCCCACUACCGCGCUGUCCUUUCUCGCUACCAGGCUCAGCACGGAGCCCUGUGAGGCAGCCCCCUCACUCCCACCCGGCGGAGCUCUCCUCCACCUCGCUGAGACUCGUGCCCCCUUCCCUCCCCGCCCUGUGGCCCACAGGCCGGCCAGCUGGGUGCCCCAGGGACGUGAUGAUACAGAUAAAUACAUUUAUAUUUUUAAGAAAAA